CACUCUGAAACCCUAAAACUCGCACACUCUUUUAUCUCUGUUCUCUCUGCAACUAUAAAACGCGGCGGCGCCUCUCUCUCUCUGAGGAAAGAGAAUCAUGGCGGACGUUAUGCUGAUGAACGAUAUAGAAGCCACGGCGGCGCGUCUCGGAAUCGAUCUAUCGUCGCUGGACCUCGACUCCAUCCAUCUCCCUCCCGGAGAGACCUUCGGCAUCCCAAGUGACGAUGAGGAUAUCGGCAACGAUAUGGAUUCCGAGAUGGAGGGCGGGCUCGGCAACAUUAUCGUCGUCGAUAACCUCCCGGUGGUGCCGGAAUCGAAGUUUGGCAAGCUUGAGAAUGUGAUUCGCAAAAUCUAUAGCCAGCUUGGUGUGAUCAAGGAAGAUGGCUUCUGGAUGCCUCUGGAGCCCGAAACGCAGAUGACGAUGGGCUACUGCUUCAUCGAGUUCAAUACUCCUCAGGAAGCUGAGCUUGCCAAGGAGAAGACGCAUGGAUACAAGCUGGACAGGUCGCACAUUUUCGCUGUGAGCAUGUUUGACGAUUUCGAUCGGUUUAUGAAUGUUCCUGAUCAGUGGGCUCCUCCGGCAACGACUCCAUAUACUCCAGGGGAGAAUCUUCAAAAUUGGCUCACUGAUGUAAAAGGACGGGAUCAGUUUGUCAUCCGUGCUUUCAAUGAUACUGAAGUUUAUUGGAAUGAUGCACGGCAAUUGAAACCUGAUUUUGUUUACAAGCGUUCAUAUUGGACUGAAAGCUUUGUGCAAUGGUCACCCAUGGGGACUUAUUUGGCAACUGUUCACAGACAGGGUGCUGCAGUUUGGGGAGGUGCUACCAAUGAGUUCAAACGACUAAUGCGAUAUGCUCAUCCACAGGUUAGACUAAUUGAUUUUUCCCCUGGUGAGAAAUAUUUGGUGACAUACAGCAGCCAUGAAGCAACCAAUCCCCGUGAUACAAACAGGGUUGUCAUAGACAUUUUUGAUGUGAGAACUGGAAAAGUCAUGAGAGAUUUCAAGGGCACUCCUGAUGAUUUUGCAAUAGGAGGUUCUGGAGGUGUUUCAGGCGUGUCCUGGCCUGUGUUCAAAUGGGGUGGUGGAAAAGAUGAUAAGUACUUUGCCAGAAUGGGAAAGAGUGCUAUAUCUGUUUAUGAGACAGAAACUUUUUCACUUGUGGACAAAAAAUCUAUCAAGGUUGAGAAUGUUAUGGACUUCAGUUGGUCACCAACUGAUUCUAUUCUUGCUCUUUUUGUUCCUGAAUUGGGCGGUGGAAACCAGCCUGCUAGGGUAAGUCUUGUUCAAAUCCCCAGUAAAGAGGAGUUAAGACAGAAGAAUCUUUUCAGUGUUAGUGAUUGCAAGAUGUACUGGCAAAGCAAUGGGGAGUAUCUUGCUGUUAAAGUUGAUCGUUAUACAAAAACAAAGAAAAGCACAUACACAGGAUUUGAACUCUUCCGUAUCAAAGAGCGAGACAUCCCUAUUGAAGUUUUAGAGCUUGAGAAUAAGAAUGACAAGAUCAUUGCAUUCGCUUGGGAACCUAAGGGACAUAGAUUUGCAAUUAUUCAUGGUGACAAUCCAAGGCCUGAUAUAAGUUUCUACUCGAUGCGUUCUGCUCACAAUACAGGCCGUGUGUCAAAGCUCAUUACUCUUAAAGGCAAGCAGGCAAAUGCUCUUUCCUGGUCACCUUCAGGGCGCUUUAUAAUUCUUGCAGGACUGAAGGGUUUGAAUGGGCAGUUGGAAUUCUACAAUGUGGAUGAGCAAGAAACCAUGGCGACAACUGAGCAUUUCAUGGCAACAGAUAUUGAAUGGGAUCCUACUGGAAGAUACGUUGCUACUGCAGUUACUUCAGUUCAUGAGAUGGAGAAUGGGUAUAUCAUAUGGACAUUCAAUGGAAAGCUACUUUAUCGGGUAUUGAGGGAUCAUUUCUUACAGUUUUUGUGGCGUCCAAGGCCAGCAUCCUUCCUGACUCCUGAGCAAGAGGAGGAAAUCGCAAAGAACUUGAAGAAGUACAGCAAGAGGUAUGAGCUUGAGGACAAUGAUGUGGAAAAGCAACUGAGCGAGCAGGAGCGUGCAAAGAGGAGAGAGUUGAAGGAAGAAUGGGAUAAGUGGGUCGCUGAGUGGAAGCGGUUGUAUGAAGAAGAACAACUGGAAAGGCAGAGGCUUAGGGAUGGAGAAGUGAGUGAUGAAGAGGAGGAGUAUGAGGCUAGAGAAGUUGAAGUAGAGGAAGUCGUGAGCACUCAAGAGGAGGUCAUUAUAGAGUGAUACUUCUUAUCAACUUGGAGAUCAACCGCGCUAUAUGAUUAGUUCAUCCUUAGACACCUGAACCUAUUGUCUAUCAUCUUUCUUUAGCAGCAGAGUUUCAUUUGCCCAUAAUUUUGAUGUUCACUUGUGGUUGUUGUACUGUUUUGCUCAGCGUUUAUUACUUGAAUUUUCCGUUCUUUU